UCCGAGGGCAGCAGGGAGACGGGCAGACGCUGGGCCAGAGACGCAGACUCGCAGAGACAAAGGGGGCGUGAGAGACCGCGCCAGGGCGUGAGGCGGGGCGGCGGCCGCGGCGGGCGGGAGGUGCGCGAGGUGAGGGAGGUGUGGGGGGCGUGGGCCCGGGAUGCUGCCGCCCGCUCCGGCUCGAGCUCCAGCUCCAGUUUUUCCCUCCACCAUCCUCUCCCCCUCCCCGCCUCUCCUUUAACUCCCCCCUCCUGGGCUCGGGACUGGUUUCCUCCCUUAGCCCGCUGCCCUCAAUCCCGGCGAGGCUGGGGCUCCGGCGCGGCGCCCCCUUCCUCGCUCCGUCUUCCCGCACCCCAUGCCGCCUCCGCCCGGCCCCCGGCUGCCCCAGUCCCCCACUUAGGCCAGCGCACAGAUCCCGGGGUGCUGGCGCGUGGGCCGGGGGCGCGUCGGGCGCCUGCAGACGCCCCUGGAAGGGCUCCUGUGGGGCUGAGCGCUCCGCAGAGGGGGUGCGGGCAGAGCAGAAAGCGGGUCCGCGUGGGAGCGGUGGGGGGGCAUCGGCCACCAGGGUGGCCGGGGCUGAAUAGCCAGGCAGCCCAGGCAGUCGCCCCCGGGGUGAGCGACUUUAGGGGAGUUGGUGCCCCGCCCCCCAGGCCUUGGCGGGGUCAUGGGGGCCCCCCAUUCUGGGCCGGGGGGCGUGAGAUUCGGGGCCCUGCUGCUGCUGGGGUGUUUGGGGCUGGUGUCUGGGCUCAGCCUGGAGCCUGUCUACUGGAACUCGGCGAAUAAGAGGUUCCAGGCGGAGGGUGGCUACGUGCUCUACCCCCAGAUCGGGGACCGACUAGACCUGCUCUGCCCCCGGGCCCGGCCUCCUGGCCCUCACUCCUCUCCUAAUUAUGAGUUCUACAAGCUGUACCUGGUCGGGGGUGCCCAGGGCCGGCGCUGCGAGGCACCCCCUGCCCCAAACCUCCUUCUCACUUGCGAUCGACCUGACCUGGAUCUCCGUUUCACCAUCAAGUUCCAGGAGUACAGCCCUAACCUCUGGGGCCACGAGUUCCGCUCCCACCACGAUUACUACAUAAUUGCCACGUCGGAUGGGACCCGAGAAGGCCUGGAGAGCUUGCAGGGGGGCGUGUGCCUAACCAGAGGCAUGAAGGUGCUUCUCCGAGUGGGACAAAGUCCCCGAGGAGGAGCUGCACCCCGAAAGCCUGUGUCUGAAAUGCCCAUGGAGAGAGACCGAGGGGCAGCCCACAGCCUGGAGCCCGGGAAGGAGAACGCAGUGCCAGGUGACCCCACCAGCAAUGCAACCUCCCGGGGUGCUGAAGGCCCCCUGCCCCCUCCCAGCAUGCCCGCUGUGGCCGGGGCAGCAGGGGGGCUGGCGCUGCUCUUGCUGGGCGUGGCAGGGGCUGGGGGUGCCAUGUGCUGGCGGAGACGGCGGGCCAAGCCUUCGGAGAGUCGCCACCCUGGGCCCGGCUCCUUCGGGAGGGGAGGGUCUCUGGGCUUGGGGGGCGGAGGCGGGCUGGGACCCCGGGAGGCUGAGCCUGGGGAGCUAGGGAUAGCUCUGCGGGGUGGUGGGGCUGCAGAUCCCCCCUUCUGUCCCCACUAUGAGAAGGUGAGUGGCGACUAUGGGCAUCCUGUGUAUAUCGUGCAGGAUGGGCCCCCGCAGAGCCCCCCGAACAUCUACUACAAGGUAUGAGGGCGCCUCCCGCCUAGCUCUCCUGAAUCUGGCCCCUUGUCGAGUGCUCCUGAGUUGACUUAAAGGUUUCAGGGACACCGCCAGCAUCCCCUCGGCCCCUCUGCCCCGCCGGCUCCUCUCCUUUUUCUGGCUGUUGCCCUUUUCUCCACGUGUAGGAUUCCAGAGAUUUCCACGGCACCCUUCCUGCCCUCCCGAUUAGCCAUGGGCGCCCCCUCUGUCUCCAUGUCCCCUGGGAGGAGGCACAGGCUCAGCCUCCUCUGUGACUGUGACCCUGGUGUCCUUGCCCCCCACCCCAAGCUAAAGUGGGGGAACAGUCUGUCUUUUGGUUGGCACCUCUCUCCUUCUGCCUCUCACUGUUGUUUCUCUUCUCUCUGUGUCUUAUUCUUUCUCUCUCUUCUGUCUUUAGGUCUGUUCCUCUCCCUAGCAUCUCCUCCCUACACCUCCUCUUGCCCUCUUGGCUUCUUAUCCUCUCCCGUCUCCUGGGUGGGGGCAUCACAACAUCUCUCCCCUUAGCUCUCGGCCCUCCUCUGACCUCGCAUACCAACCACUCCUCAGCCCGCUGUAAAUGGGGGCUUCUGGGGAAGGCUUUGGCACUCCACCCCAGCUCAGGGCACGGGCAGCAGGGCCUCCUUCUCUGCCCUGGCCCAGGCCUCUACGUACUUUCUCCAGCCAUUUGGGGUGGUUGGGUCAUGACAGCUACUAUGAGAAGAAGUGUCCUGUUUUGUCCAGUGGCCAAUGGCGAGAUAAGAGCUGUCUGGGACAUGUGUGGACUCGGUCUGAUGCUGAAUGGGCUACUUGGGACAGGAAGUGACCUGCUCCAGACAAGAAGUGGCCAGGCCUGCACAGAAAUGGCCUGGGAAGUGGCAGAAGCAGUGCAGCGGGAACUGGAAGUGCCUUCGUCCAGGACAGGAAGUAGCACUUCUGAAAUAGGAAGUGGUCUGGCUGGAACUCCAAGUGGCUUAGUGUGGGGUUGGGGGUGGGUGGGAGGUGGAUGGUUCUUACCCUGUGGGGAAGAGGGCAGGAGAACUUCCUGUCUCAGGAGGAAGCUGGAGCUUGCUGUCAGAGGAAGGGGGUGGACUGAGGAGGACUCUCCUAGUGUUCAGUGGUACUUCCCAGGACCUCCCUUCCCUGGACUCUGUGUGGAUUCUGGGACAGCUGAGAUGACUGCCGUCUGCAGUGGCAGGCCCGAUGCGUCUUGUUUUUCCCUUUCCGUCUCCCAGUAUAAUCUGUGUGAAUCAACAGGCUACCCCAAGAACCUGUGUGUUCUCCUCAA